AGAUUGCUCCCACUUUGUUUUCCCUCGACCUUCUUAUUGUUUGUAUCCUCUGUUCGUCUCCCCAGCACUUCGCUUCCGUGGCUUACAACAUCAAAGCCUUGAUUGGGCGGGUAAAAUUCCCAUAAAGCCUCCACAAUCAGCUUCAUGCCAGUUUAAUGGGUGGGUGCUCAACGUUCCUUCUGUUCUACUUGUUCAAAUAUCUCAAUCUGUUACUGGGUUUCUUGGAUUGUUUUUGUAUUGUAAAGUCGCGGAGAUAAUGGGAUCUCUACAAUGUCUUAACAAUGAACUCCGUAGCUUUAUCUGGUGCAAGAAUAGUUGAUAAAUUUACAUGUUUUGUUGUUAUUUCGCGAAAUUUCUGCUACCAUAAUGGUUUUUACGAUUAUGAAUGCUCAGAGGGGCACUUCUCGGCGAGGAGGAGUUUUCUUGAUAAUGUUAAAUUUGAUGCCGGAAGAAUAAUUGAAAUUUUACAACAUGAUGGUCCUGGAUUUGAUGCAAAAUUGGCUCUCAGUGAGUCAGGAAUUAGGGUUUCAGGGAUACUUGUCAGGAAAGUUCUUUUGGGAAUUUUGAGGAACAUAGAUUAUGAAAACAAGACCAGGUGUGCAAAAUUGGGUUACAAGUUCUUUGUAUGGUCUGGUCAGCAGGAAAAUUUUAGGCACACGGCAAACACUUAUCAUUUGAUAAUGAAGAUAUUUGCAGAAUGUGAGGAAUUAAAGGCAAUGUGGAGGCUGGUUGAUGAGAUGAUAGAAAAUGGGUUCCCAACUACAGCACAGACAUUUAACAUAUUGAUUUGUACAUGUGGUGAGGCUGGUUUAGCUAGAAAAGUUGUGGAGAGGUUUAUUAAGUCUAAGGCAUUUAAUUAUAGGCCAUUUAAACACUCUUAUAAUGCAAUUCUAUAUUCACUUCUUACUAUUAAGCAGUAUAAGUUGAUAGAGUGGGUGCAUCAGCAGAUGUUUGAUGAGGGUCACCCCCCAGAUAUUCUAACUUAUAACAUCAUCAUGUGUGCAAAAUAUAGGUUAGGGAAGUUGGACCAAUUUCACAGAUUGCUUGAUGAAAUGGGUAGAAGUGGAUUUUCCCCUGAUUUUCAUACGUAUAACAUCCUUCUCCAUGUGCUUGGCAAAGGAGAUAAACCACUUGCAGCACUUAAUCUCUUGAAUCACAUGAAAGAAGUGGGUUUUUAUCCAAGUGUUCUUCACUUCACCACAUUGAUGGAUGGCCUGAGCCGUGCUGGAAAUUUAGAAGCAUGCCAGUACUUUUUUGAUGAGAUGAUCAAAAGAGGGUGCAUGCCUGAUGUGGUUUGUUACACUGUUAUGAUAACAAGUUACAUAGUUGCCGAGGAGCUUGAGAAGGCUCAGGAACUGUUUGAUGAGAUGAUCAUCAAAGGACUGCUUCCAAACGUAUUUACAUACAAUAUCAUGAUUCGCGGUUUUUGCAUGGCAGGGAAGUUUGACAAGGCAUGUUCAAUGCUGAAAGAAAUGGAAUCCAGAGGUUGUAAUCCAAAUUUCCUAGUGUAUAAUACCCUAGUGAGUAAUUUGCGGAAUGCAGGAAAGCUGUCUGAAGCACAUGAAGUGAUUAAACAUAUGGUUGAAAAGGGGAAAUAUGCACAUCUAGUCUCCAAAUUCAAAAGAUACAGAAGAUGCUAGCACCCAAUUGUGCCAUAUGGAAUUGUUCAGUUGUAACAUUACUGGGAACAUGCUUGUUAAUUCAGCAGUCUUGACAGCAUGGACCUGCUGCCCUGUAAUUGUGUUAUGGAAGUAGGACUGGUAAACAUUUAAUUCUUUUUUGAAAUUUUUCAUGCCUAAUCUUGAGAUAUAAUAGAAAGCUAAAAUUGUGCCUUUCA